CUUCCUGUGUUUAGUCGCAUAUUUUUUAAUAAUUAUUAAUUUUUUUAGUUUUGUUUGGAAUUCUUUAUCAUAUUAAAAAUUUUGCAAUAAUAAUUUUGUAAUUUAAUAAAAAUAUAUUUAAAAAAACAAAAAUAAUGGUUAAAUACUCAGAUUAUGAAGCUGCUAGAAAUAUUUUGGAAAAUUGGAUUUUAACACAACCUCAUUUACCCAAAAUUGACACACUGGUUUUGAAACGUUUCAUUAUAAAAUGUAAUGGUGAUACUGAAAGAGCAAAAAAAUUAAUUGAUCUUCAUUAUACAAUGAGAGCUGCAAAUCCAGAAAUAUUUUUAUAUCGUGAUCCAAUGGAUGAAUCUCAAAUGUUAAUCAAAGAAACAAUUGAAUUUUUGCCGCUACCAAAACGGACUGAAGAAGGAUAUGUUGUUUAUAUGGUUAGAUUUAUUGAUAACGAUUUGGAUAAGUUUAAUUUCGAAGCAUGGAUUAAAUCAAUUUUUAUAUUUUUUGAUUUACAAAAUUCAUGCCUAGAUGAUAAUGGUUUUUCAAAUGGUGAAAUAAUGGUAUUUGAUAUGACAGGAUUAACAUUAAAACAUUUAACAAAAUUAAAUAUAGCAUUACUUGCAAAUUCAAUAAGUUUCUUUGAAAAAGUUAUAACAUUUAAAAUACGUAGUAUACAAAUUAUUAAUUGUCAGCCGUCAUUAGACAAAUUGUUGGUUUUAAUAAAACCUUUAAUCCGAAAGAAAUUAUUUGAAAGGCUUAAAUUUCAUUUACCAACAGAAAUGGAUAAAUUCUAUGAAUUUGUUCCAAAAGAUUUAUUACCAACAGAAUAUGAUGGUAAUGCUGGACCAGCAAUUGAAAUAAAAGAAAAAUUAUAUAAAAUUUUAGAGGAAAAAAGAGAUUACAUAAUGGAUCCAGAAUAUUGGGAAGUUGAUAUUAAUAAAAAACCAGCCAAUAAACUAUUACCAGAUCAAAUGGAAGGAAAUUUUAAAAAAUUAAAUAUAGAUUAAAUAAUAAUAUGAAAAUUUAAAAUUUUUUUUAUAAAGAAUCUAAAUAUUUUGUAUUUAUAAUUAUGUAAAUUGUAUUUAAAUUUAUUAAAAUAAACUUAAAAUAAU